CCCACCCAGCCAUCACGUCUCGCGCGCUUUUCAAAGUGGCAUGGACGUCACACGCGCGCGGCUUACAGUCCGCCACCGCGCUAUAAAGAAGCAAUUUUACACCGCGUCGCAACAGUCUCGCGAUCGUCGCUGUGCCGCGCGGAUCUCGUCAUCCGAGAGCGAGUAAUCGCGACCCCGACUCUCGUAAAAUUCAGCAAAUUUCUCGCCAUCCUCGAGACCGUCGCGGUCUGAAGCAACUUAAACGAAUCGCAUCAUCUGAAGUCAACGGUCAGCGAAACUCGCUUCGAAAAAGGGAAAAGAGCAAAAGCAAGAGAGGCGACGAGCGAGGUACUGGACGGGCUAGAGCACCGAGGAUUCGGAACCGUCCGGUUCGAUGGGAAGAGGCUCGCUUUCGCAACGAGGGACGCGUCCGCCGUCGUAGCCGGGACGAGAGAAGAAUCGCCAACAGCACGAACUCUUAAUCGAGUGGACAAACCGCCGACAAACAAUAGGGAACCUGGCGGCUUCCGAUGGGGUCGUAACCGCCAACGCGUGUAUUCGUAACAUAUAUCGCGAUGAUAGGCUAGCCGCGGCAGGAAGAGAUCGUAGGGGGAUCGCCAUAGCUAAUCGUACCACCCAAGGUGGCACAGAUUGAGAGCCCUAUCAGCAUACAUCCUCUCCUGGCUAACGAGAUACCCAGCGUCCAUCCAGUUCGCGCACGUCGUUACACGUCGCUUGCAUUGACGACAACGUGUCUUCGACAUCGUCGUGCCAACCUUCUCGGAGGUUCACCGAUACUGACUGCCGGCCGACAUUCCGAUCAGUCCGAUCAGCCAGGUCCUAUAUCGGCAAAGACCACCAUCCUCCUUGAGCUGUCAUCUUCCCCCGAAGACACGCGCCUCUUCCGGUUGACUGGAGGUGACCACGUAAACGACUGACGACGACGAGCGAUUCGCAUUGGAAGACGCAUACGGCAAACGACAGGCGGGAUCAUUAUGGAAGUAGCGAGCGAGCUGUCGCCGUUGUCGGGCGCGGAGAAUCAAGGCAGGAUGAAGGAGAGGAGCUCAUACUACCCGCAGGAGCCCAGCAAGAGGCCGAAAACGAAGGGACAGAAGAUGCGGUCGUGCUUGAGACACAAUGCGCUGACGAUACUCACUGUCAGCGGCGUGGUCGGCGGCGUGAUCCUCGGCAUCAUCCUGCGAAACUCGCGGACCGAGAAAUGGACGCCGCGGGAGAUCAUGUACAUCAAUUACCUCGGCGACCUCUUCCUGAGGAUGCUCAAGAGCUUGAUCCUGCCGUUGAUCAUUUCGAGCUUGGUGUCGGCGAUCGGCUCGCUCGACCUGUCGCUCAGCGGCAAGAUUGGCGCGCGUGCGAUCGGCUAUUACAUGGUUACGACCAUCUGCGCGGUCGUGUUAGGUAUAAUUCUCGUCGUUUCCAUUCAACCCGGAGUCGGCAGCUCCGCCUCGGAGAGCAAGAGACCGGCGCAAAAUGUUUCCACCGUUGACACGCUGAUGGAUUUGGUGAGAAACAUGUUUCCACCGAAUCUCGUUCAAGCCUGCAUCUCCCAGCACCGCACUGAGCCCAAGCCGCCGGAGAACGAGUCGAUUCCUCUGGAGGAGUGGGAGUUGGUGGAGAAAGAAGUGUCCGGUGCCAACAUUCUCGGGCUCGUGGUAUUCGCAACGGUGUUGGGCAUCACUCUCGGUAAGAUGGGACCGCAAGCCAAGCCGCUGUUGAGCUUCUUCGAGUCGCUGUCCGGUGCUAUGAUGGUGAUCACUAACUGGGUCAUAUGGUUGUCGCCAAUCGGUGUUCUCUUCCUGGUCGCCUCCAAAAUCACGGAGAUGAAGUCACUGGACGAGAUAGUCGCCCAGCUCGGCAUGUACUUCUUGACUGUGUUGGUCGCCCUGAUAAUACACGGCUUUCUGGUGCUGCCGGGAAUGUACUUCCUUCUCACGAAGAAGAACCCUUAUCGCUACAUAUCCAACAUGGCUCAAGCGCUUGUCACUGCCUUCGGCACGUCUUCGAGCUCAGCGACGUUGCCGAUCGCCAUUAGCUGCCUCGAAGAGCGCAACGGCAUCGACUCGCGCGUUACCAGAUUUGUCAUGCCGAUUGGCGCUACCGUAAACAUGGAUGGUACCGCUUUAUACGAGGCUGUAGCUGCCAUUUUCAUAUCGCAAGUGCGCAAAGUUGGUCUCUCCUUCGGUCAGUUAAUAGCGGUUAGUAUCACGGCAACCGCCGCCAGUAUUGGCGCAGCUGGUAUUCCGCAGGCCGGACUAGUCACAAUGGUGAUGGUGCUGGACACAGUUCGCCUUCCGGCCAAUGACGUUUUUUUAAUUAUCGCGGUCGACUGGUUGCUAGAUCGUUUUAGAACAACGGUGAACGUAAUCGGUGACUCACUCGGUGCGGGAAUCGUUCAUCAUCUUAGUAGAAACGAGCUCGCAUCGAUGCCGCAUCAUCCGCAGCAGACACAAAACGGAGCCGAGCGUCACGCAACCACAUCGAUAUGAACAUGCCACUGGUAAUCGCGGCGUCUCCUCGACUGACGAUUACAAAACUGCUUCGCGAUCAGAGAAUUGACCAACCGACUACAUCAUCAAAUUCGCGUGGCUAAUCGCCUGUCGAAACGCUGACAUACGCUAUCGCUACGAGUUCAGGAGAGUUCUACUUCAAGAAUAUACGAUUAAGUUCAAUUUCAAGUGAGAAUCGAGAUUAGAAUUAAGAGCACGUGAGUGCUCUUAAUUCUAAUCUCGAGUGCUCUUUCAACUUGUGAGCGAUAACAUGAUAUUAGUCUUUUCUACCACAACGGUCGAUGAUCGCGAGGUACGAUCCUGACGAAGUGUUCUUGCGUACUCAGUAAGUGUUCCGUUUUUACCUUAGUCAGUUACAUCGGUUUAGUAUUAAUUAUCCCGUACAAAAAGAAUAAAACAGACUACAAAUGAAGGGAACAAUAAACUGUAUCGCCGGCUCUUAACGCCAUAUUAUGCGAUAAACGCACACGCGGAAUGCGAGAGACGCAUAAUCUUCUUCAAUUACCUCUACACGAGUACUGUAAGAGAAGAAUUAUUUUGGUAGUCACUUAAUUGACAUCCAUUCCGCGAUAUAUGUAAUAAUAGGGCGAUAAGAUUUUAACUAUUAGCGCACAGCGCUUGCAGUGCGAGCGACUAUGGCGUCUUUUAGAUAACUCCGAAGUGUGUUUGAAACUAAAUAAUUCGUAGCUUUAGUUUACUCAUAGACCCCAUUAAAGCAAUCUUGCUUAUAAAAUGUAUAGGUAUAUAUUAUACACACAUAUAUGUCUUCCAUUCUUGCGUUUAACGACAUUUACGCUUGUUAUCUAAUAUGUAUCGCGCGUUACACUUUGUUCGAGCCGCGAAAUUCGCCGUCUAGUGUAUCUUUCCUCGCGAUUCAUUCUUCUCUUCAAGUGCAUUUAAAAUUGAGAGGUCCAUAAGAGACAAAGGGAAAAGAGCGUAACGUUUUUGAAGCUAAAUAUGCCAGCGGUGCUUCCGCAGAAAUUGAUUUUUAUUACUAUUUGACACGACGAAAAGUCAAGAUAGAUGAAAUUCCUCUUAUUACUUUUUUAUGUAAAAGUAGAAGCGAGAAUGUGUAUAAAUCUGUUCGUGCACUAUUCCGUAGCAAUUAAGAAAUGUCGCAGCUUGUGCCAUAGAACGUUACUGUCGUAAUUAUCGAAGUAAUGCUCGAUACAGCGGAAAACGCAGACUUAACUAAUUUUUGUCAGUUUUGUAUGCAAUUAAAAACGAGCGUGUGAAAGCAGUCAAGAGUCACAUCAUAUUGACGGAUAUUUUCUUGGUAUCGGGAUGAGAAAUCACAUUACCGAACAUGAGAUCUUAUCGGAAAUAUUUUUUCCGUCGUCUAUUUGCAAAAAGUGUCGCGUACGAUGUUAUAUAGUAUACGAUUCGGUGCCAUUAACAACAAUCAGCUACGGUACUUAACCCUUAAGUAUGAAACCUUAAGUAUGAAGCUGAUCACAUUUUUUGUCCCUUCAUCAAUUUUCAAAUAAUAAAACCACAGCUUUCUACAUUUUAUAUUUUUUCACACGAAAAGUCUAAUAAUAAGUCACGACAUGUAAAAUGAAAACUACAAACAAAAUCUUUAGAAAACGUAUGUUCAAAAACCGAACAUGCUAAUGAUGAAAAAUAAAACGCGUACUUAAGGGUUGAAAUACCUUUUCUUUCUAUUGGUGUAGGAAACAAAGAAAAAAAAGGAACAACGUAAUUGUGAAAUUAUCAUACGCGUGACGUGUGAAAGAAUUAUAUGAAGAAAAUAACAAAAUGAUUAAUAAACGAAUUGCCUGAUUUUAUUCAAAAAUCAUCUGGUAUAAAAUCCUUUUGUUAUUUUUUACGCAGCAUUUUUCUCAGGUUUGUACGAAAGAAAAGUGUUCCAUUGAAUGAAUCGCUAUUGUGUUUUGGUAUCGCGGUUAUCGAGUGUGAUUAACAUAUCUUCCUGAAUGU